UCUCCAAAGCGAUAACGCCCUUGUUUUUCUCUUUUUAAACACAAAUGUGUAGAGAAUUCUCUCCAUAGUAGUCUAGGGUCUAUUUCCAAGAAAUCAUACAGCGUGGCGGCUGCUGUGUUGAAAUACUGUUCAGGACACGGGUAUUAACCAGACCCAGAGUUUAGACGGCCAGAAUUUAAAAAAAAAAUCAUUUAAAAAAAAGUUCUGCACGCUGAAGAUGGCAAAGAAAACAACAGCUAGAAAAGCUACCAAAAAAGACUGGGAAAGGUUAUUCAAAUCAGCUGACAAAGACGGUAAUGGCACUCUGGACAUGGACGAACUCAGAGAACUGUUUAAAAGGGGCGGAAGUCACACACCGGAGUCACAACUUCAGGAAAUAUUUAAAUUUUUUGAUGGACCCGCUGGUGACCUAAAAAUUACUCGCAAAGAAUUUAUGCAAGGGAUAGAAAAGAUGAACCAGUUUCAACGCAAAGUUGAAGGUUUAUUUAAGAAAUUCGAUGCGGACAACAGCGGCUACUUGGACAGGAAGGAGAUGAAAAAUUUGAUAUUAUCAACCGGACAUAAUUUUACCCCAAAAGAGAUUGAAGAUAUGAUUGAUCGGGCAGACGCCAACAAAGAUGGACAAAUUUCAUUGGAUGAGCUGAGAUACGCAGUGUCCCUCUAAAAAAAACAGAAAUAGAUCGGGUUUUUCUGACAAAGAUUUCAUUCCAGUGAACAGGGCAACUAGUGUAUUUAGUACAUAUUGGUUGGAAGCUACGAUUCACUUUACAAUCGAUUCUUUACGGAUGUUUGGUAUAAAGUUGCAGCAAUAGAUGAAAGAAUUAGAUGUUCAAUUAGAUAUUUUGUCGUCUUGGAACAAAUGAAAUACUACUAGUGAUUACUAUUUAAUUAACUUGUAAAAUUUCAUAUCUUUGAGACUUAGACUCAUUGUCAUUAAAGUUAAUUAUAGAACAAAAAAGUUGAUGUGUGGUCUAAAAUUGACAGCUUUGCGGUUAAUUAAUUAUGUUUGAUAAAGAUAGUUUACGUUUAGAAAUAGGCUCUACGAGUCUCAUAACUUUGAAUCUUGUACUUCCGAUCAAAUUAAUUUCCUUCUCGAUAUUAUUAUUAUUAGCUGUAAUUGUUGGCCGUAAGAUUUCGUUUAAGUUCUCGUGACUUAAUGAAAUAUUUGUAAAUAUUAACAAAUUAUUUGCAUUUAUGACGAGACUCUACAUUUUUAUUGUAGGCCUAUGCAUUUUAUUAUGAUGGAGUGAACACGUCAAGAUUAAAUGCUCGUAGAGUAUUUUUUAUUAUUGGCAAGAUUCUAUAGUGUCAAAUCUGUCAAAUACAAAUAAUAUACUAUUGAUUACUUUGCAACAAAUAAUGAUAAUUAAAAUAGUAAUGAUAAUAAUAUGUCGUUUGAUAACUUAAGAUAAUUAUGAAGAUACGUUGAUAUUGUGAGGGCGUAGAUGUUGUAGAUGAAAUGCUUGAUCAAUAUAUUCUUCUACUGCACAGUUUAUUGAACACUUGUAAAAUUUGAUACAUUUCGAUAUUAUUGAAGCAUGCUUAUAUCUCCGCUUGCUUUUAUGUGGGCUUGUGUCAAGCAAUGUUUAAUAGGUCAUAAAAGUACUUACUCACUGUUUGGGUCAACUUUCAAAGUUUUAGUUUACCUUUACGUAUUACGUAUCAAGGUAUAACAAAUAAUAAAAAAUAAUAAUGAAUUUGUUUCCCUUCAACGAACCUCAAUCCUGGAAGCGCCAGAAAAUUUAAAAUAUGUUUGAAGGAAGAAUAAUCAUGAAGUCACGUGAUAUUUUUUUUUCUCACGCAUUUACGCUUCACCACACAUUUAAGCCUGCCUUUUUAGAAACGAUUAAGACGCUGCAACUACUUAUGAUUAUAUAUCUAUAGAUCCUGUGAUCUCAAAAAAUCAGUUCUACCAGUUAGUACUUUGAUUGUUUUUCCCCUGAGAUCAAAAACUGUUUUAUGACACAUUCGAACUGUAUUCUGAUUAUCAAUAAAUGUAUCUAUGUAAUGUUACUUAGCCGUUAUAAAUGUUAUAUAUAAGUAUAUUUUAUAUUCUUCAUUAUGGUUUGUUUCUAAGUCUUGCUAGCUUGUAGAGGACCUCAUUAUUACAUAGUAAGCCGGUCUCACUUGGAAAUAAAGUUGGCAAGCCUUGA